AUGAGCGAUUCGAUUACGGCAACAUCAAAAAAGAAAAGCAGCCAUCACUACGUUCUCGUCAGCUGUGUCGACACUUAUGGCGGUCAUGCGUUGGCGUACCAUUUGGCAACUGAACUCCAACGACGACCAGGAAUGCUCAAGAAACAUUGGCGUGUGCGUGCUCUCUGCCAUAGCCUUGAAGGAUUGCAAGAUCUCGUGGCCAUGGAUGUAGACUUGCAGCAAGUUGAUUACAAGAAUCCAAUGAUCCUCAAGGCUCAAAUGAAACACGUAAAGUGCGUGAUUGUUGUUCCUGACCAAACGGAGUAUCGGGUUGUCAAUGCAUGCAACAUCAUCGACGCUGCUUCUAUGCAUGGUGUUAAGCGUAUGCAAUUGGCUUCACUUGUCGGCUGUGAUUAUGCAGGUGAAUCAACACCCAUGGGCGGCUACAAUACUAUUGAAAGUCAUUUACGCAAUGUGUAUGCUUAUGGUCGCUGGUGUGUCUUUCGAGUUCCAAUGGUGCAUCAACUCUUCUACUUUUGGUCACGCAUGGUGACACAAGACAAGUGUGUGGGUAUGCCGAUAUCUCCCGACACCGAGUUUACUGUGAUUGAUAUCCAAGAUGUAUGCGAUGCCAUGGUGACCAUGUUGCUGAGUCCAAGAAAGCAAGACGUUGACGUAGAAGAAGACCUGUUUGAUAUUCCAGAUGCUGCCGUCAAGCGCAUUUACGAUUUGACCGGGACAUGUCCUUACACAGGAGGUGCGGUUGCCUACAGGCUUAAUGAAGCUCUUGGUGGUGAAGCUGGAGAAAUCACUUUUCAAGAGCUUGAUGAAGAAAGCUUUCGCCACUACCUUGAAAGCCUUAGUCAGCAACACCCACAUGCACAAGAUCCUCAAGGUCGCCGUGACCCUUUUCGACCUGAUCCACGUCGUGUGCUAGUACCUGCAACGAUUGAUCUAAUGAUGGAUUGUUUUCGCGUGGCUCGAGAGACGAAGCAAAUGGGCAUUGUCAAAGAUGAUGCUCGUAACCUUAUUGGCCGUCAACCAAAGGAUCUAUCGCAAUUUUUUAUUGACAACCAAGACCAAUUCAGAGGAUGA